AGGAGCGGAGAAUGCAGAGGAGCGGCUGGUGAACUACCUGUUGAGUCCAGAGCGUUAUAACAAACUGAUCCGUCCUGCUGUUAACAAGAGCCAGCAGGUUACCAUCUCUAUACAGGUGUCUCUGUCACAGCUCAUCAGUGUGAAUGAGAGAGAGCAGAUUAUGACCACCAACCUCUGGCUGUUCCAGGAGUGGAAUGACUACAGACUGAGAUGGGACCCAGAGAAAUACGAAGGGAUCAAAAAACUACGAAUCCCAUCUCAACACAUUUGGCUUCCUGAUAUUGUUCUCUACAACAAUGCGGACGGGGUGUACGAGGUCUCCUUCUAUUGCAACGCCGUGGUGUCCAACACAGGAGACAUCUUCUGGCUCCCGCCUGCCAUCUACAAGUCAGCCUGCGCCAUCGAGGUCCAGCACUUCCCCUUCGACCAGCAGAACUGCACGCUCAAGUUCCGCUCGUGGACCUACGACCACACCGAAGUCGACCUCAUCCUCACCAGUGACUUCGCCAGCCGGGACGACUUCACGCCGAGCGGCGAGUGGGACAUCGUGUCGCUGCCCGCCCGCAAGAACGAAGACCCCGACGACAUCACCUACCUGGACAUCACCUACGACUUUGUCAUCAAGAGGAAGCCUCUGUUCUACACCAUCAACCUGAUCAUCCCCUGUGUCCUCAUCACCUCUCUGGCCAUCCUGGUCUUCUACCUGCCCUCUGACUGUGGGGAGAAGAUGACCCUGUGUAUCUCUGUCCUGCUGGCCCUCACUGUCUUCCUGCUGCUCAUCUCUAAGAUAGUACCGCCCACCUCUCUGGCGGUGCCUCUCAUAGGUAAAUACCUGAUGUUCACUAUGGUGUUGGUCACCUUCUCCAUCGUGACCAGUGUGUGUGUCCUCAACGUUCACCACCGCUCCCCGUCCACCCACCGCAUGCCUGACUGGGUCAAACGCCUCUUCCUGCUCCGCCUCCCCGCCUUCCUCCUCAUGAGACAACCCGGGAACAAUAAUGUCCAGGAAAAACUUAGACGGAAGCAAGCCACUGCCGCUGCCGGGAACACCACCUCCGGGAACACCACCUCCGGGAACCCCACCUCCGGGAACCCUGGGAAGUCCCGAGGCGGGGCGAGAAGGCGGUGUUCCGACAUCAAGCUGGGAGGAAUCCAGACGGACUCCGACUCGUUCUAUGUGAAGGAGGAUUCGGCCCGGAAGUUUGUCUGGAAGGUGGGAGACGUGUCGGGGGACGGCGGUAUUCCGGAGAUCAGGCGGCGCGUGGCGGUCCAGUGGGACGCUGACCUGGAGGAGGCGGUGGAUGGAGUGAGGUAUAUCGCUGAACACAUGAAGACGGAGGACGGAGAUGAAGGGAUCAUAGAGGACUGGAAGUACGUAGCGAUGGUAAUUGACCGUCUGUUCCUGUGGAUCUUUAUCCUGGUGUGUGUGGUGGGAACCCUGGGUCUCUUCAUGCAGCCCCUCUUCCAGAGCUACAACACUCCUACUGCAGACAGCAACGAGUAUGGUGAUUUCUGAGAGCCCCUGAGAGUGGGCGUUGGAGAGGGAAACCCUGUAGCAGCUAAACGGACCCGCUGUCCUACGAACUCUGGAGCAACCUGUGCCAAAGCCAGCACCGUAGUACUUCUACCCUCGUCAGUAGCUCAUGAAGCAUUAUAAGACAUUCUAGAGGUACUAUACGGUCUACUGUGAGCCGUACGCUGGAUCUCUCUCUCUAACUCUCUCUGGGCUCUCCAGUCUUCAAGACAAGCUAGAUCUCAACUAACAACAGGAGGCUUUCAGGUUCUCUUCUCUUCCUUCUCAUGUACUAUUCAUGAACAGUGUCUCUCUUUCGCUUGUUUGUUCACUCUCUCUCUUUCUUUCUUUCUUCUUUCUGUUUGUCUCUUUUUUUAUUUCUUUCUGUCUCUCUCUGUCUCUUGUUCUCUCUCUUCUUUUGAGGAAGAUUUCACAUGGACGCACUUUGAACUGUGUUCUCCUCUUUAAGAGAGUGUUCAGUAGUUAUAAUUGCAUUGUCUUAUGUUUGGAAAAUGUGGGUUUCUUCUCUCUCUCUCUCUCUGUCUCUCUCUCUCUCUCUCUCUCUGUCUCUGUCUCUCUCUGUC